AGUUCACAUUGUUAACAGCUUGUACUCUACACAACUUUACUGCAAGGUUUCAGAUUCAACUAUUAAAAUAUUUCAGAUCACUGAACUGAUGAUGAAAAGGUUUCACACAUUGGCUUUUUGCUGUUUGUCCUGUUGCCAUCUGGUUGGUGUGUUUGCUGAUCCAGAUGCAGUGAAGCCAGUGUCAGUGAGAUUCUGUCACUUUAGAAUCUGGUGUUACUGAAAUACAGAAAGAAGAUCGAAUUGUGUGGAGAUUUGGACAUGCAGAGACUCUUACAUUAAUAGCUUAUAUUAAUAAAGAGUAUGAAAUCUUCAACACAUCUCAUGGUGAUGCUGUGGGAUUCAGAGACAGACUGAAGCUGGAUCAUCAGACUGGAUCUCUGAUCAUCAUGAACACCAGAACCACAGACUCUGGACUUUAUCAAAUAACCAUAAAAGCUACAAAAGAGACCACAAACAGAUUCAAUGUUACUGUCUAUGGUGUGUUUGCUGACGCAGAUGCAGUGGAGUCAGUGUCAGUGCUGGAGGGAGAUUCAGUCGCUCUAAACUCUGGUUUUACUGAAAUGAUGGAUUAUGAUCUGAUUCUGUGGAGGUUUGGAGCUGAAAACACUUUAAUAGCUCAAAUCAGUGUACAAGCAGACAGCAUGACUGUAUAUAAUGAUGUUCUUGAUGGGAGAUUCAGAGACAGACUGAAGCUGGACGAUCAAACUGGAUCUCUGACCAUCACAAACAUUAGAACUGAACACACUGGACUCUAUGAACUACUGACCAACAGUGUGAGCAAGAGCUUCAGUCUCACUGUCUAUGCUCGUCUGUCUGUUCCUGUCAUCAGCAGAGACUGUUCUUCAUCAUCAUCAUCAUAUUGUUCAUUGUUGUGUUCAGUGGUGAAUGUGAGUCAUGUGACUCUCUCCUGGUACAAAGGAAACAGUUUAUUGUCCAGCAUCAGUGUGUCUGAUCUCAGCAUCAGUCUCUCUCUACCUCUGGAGGUGGAAUAUCAGGAUAACAACACCUACAGCUGUGUGCUCAACAAUCCCUUCAGCAACCAGACGAGACACCUGGACAUCAGUCAACUCUGUCACACAUGUGCAGAAGUUCACAUCCAUGGCUGUGAUACAGUUGAAGCUGUGAUCCGAUUGGUCGUCACUGCUCUGAUGGGCGUGGCUGCUGCAGCUGCUGCUGUUCUUCUGGUCAAUGACAUCAGAUCUACAAGAGCUUAAAAGAAAACAGAACAAAUAUCAUAGAUAUUCAGACAUAUAUUUGAGUUUUAAUGGUAUAGAUGAAAGUAUGUGUGGUCUAAUUGUUUUUUUGUUUUGUUUUGUUUUGAUGGCAAACCAAAGCUUUGCUCACCAUCUGGUGGCCAAAACAAUUAAUAUUCUUUAAUAUUUCAUUUAUUUUUUUAUUUUUUUAUGCCACCCAUUUGACAAUUCUUUACAUACUGAAAAAGAUGAAAGAUCUAUGAAUCUAUGAAUUACAUACUGAAAAGAUGAAAGAUCUAUGAAUCAUGCCUAUAUUUUAAUAGAAGGGGUGUCACAAUAAGAAUUAUCUAUGAAUUCAAAAUCAGAUUGAAUGAUGGUUCAAUAAAAACAGCAUUAAACAGUAUAUUUAAAAACACACAGGCAGUAUAAAUGGCAAUAUUUUAAAUAACUGAAUUUUAAAGAUUUUGGAAAGGUUAUUAGAAUUUUAAAGAUUUUUGGAAAGGAAAUAUUUUGAAAUACAUAUUAAUAGAAAACUGGGUUGUAUGAUAGAAAUGUAUGUAUGAUGUGCUUUAUGUAAUAUUAUUUUUCUCUCUUUCUGAUAGCUAUAAUGUAAAUAAUGUGAUUAUUCGAAACACAAAUGUAGAAAUAUUUGUGUAUAUUUUCACCAUAAAAUUGAAACUAUCACCUAACCAACUGAUAUCUAUGAACCAUAUAUAAGCCUAUAUUUUUAGUUUCAAGCUUGUAUAACAAUACAAUAUAAAUUAAAACGGAAUGUUUCUACUUACUUUGUCUGUAUCUGAUGGUUAUAAUGAGUGAAAAUCUUUGAAAUGUACUAGUACACUGUAAAAAAUAUAAUAAAAUAAUAAUAAUUGCACAGUUUUAUGAUGAGUAUAUGAAAACAAGUGAGCAAAUUCAGACAGACAA